AUAAAAUAAAUAAAAUCGAUUCACCAACAACAAAAAUGUCAAUCUUAUCAAUCAAAUGAUCAAUCGAUUAUCUAUACUACUAUAUAGUAAACGUGUCAUGAUUAAAACGCCCGAAAUCCAUUUAUGGGAUUAAAAAAAAAUAAAUAAAACUCGAUCAAAUGUCGAAAUGUGGUGAUGAUUUUCAGUAACAAAAUUAUGUGACUUUUUUGUUGUUGUUGUUGGUUCAUUGAAAUAAAAAUUCACUGCCUCAUCCACACACCACCACCUUGUUCAAUUUUUGAAAUCAAAAAAAAUUCUGAACUUUUUUUUUCAUCUCAAUUUUUAUAAUUGAAUAUGACCACCACCACUGAACAACUUACUAUUCUACAAUCGACGAAUCUUGUUGAUCUCAACCAAUCAUCAUCAUCAUCAUCGACGACGACGACAAAUGACAUAAUGGUAGCUGAACAUUUAUCAAAUUUGGACGAUAUUCGAUCAUCACCAAGUAUGGCAAUUAUUUCUACUGCUUUGGCUACAAAAUCUCCUUCCACAACGCCUACAAGUCCAUUUUUUCGUACAAAUUUAAUUUCAAUUUCUAAUCAAAAUUCAUUGAAUCAAAUGGAAGAUCAAUACCACCAUCACCACCACCAACAACAACAGCAACAACAACAAGGUUGGUUUCUUCGACGUAGACAAUCGGAACAAUUAAUGGAAUCAUCAUCAUCAUCAAAACGAUCACAUGAAGAAGAUGUUUAUGAAGAUCUUUGCUAUGUAACGCUUAGAUCAAAUUGUAAUCGUGAUUCAAAUAAUUUGGCCAUUAAUUUAAAUUCAACAAAUAGUAAUUCAUUAAUUACAUCUAAACGUGAUUAUUGUUUAAAAGAAUUGAUUGAAACGGAAAAAAAUUAUUGUGAAGCAUUACAGAUGAUAAUUGAUCAUUUUUGUCAACCAUUAAUACGUGUUAUACCGGUUAAACAUAGAAAUGUUAUAUUCUCAAAUUUACAAUCAUUAUCUGAAUUACAUUGGAAAUUAUAUCAAGAUUUAUAUCGUACUAAUCAAAAUGGUCAACAACAACAUCAACAACAACAUCGAUCCAAUAAUAAUCAUAAUAAUAAUAAUGGCCAAUUGAUACCGGGAUAUCCAUCAAAUUGUAGUUCACCAAGUGUAUCCACCUGUUCAACAUCAUCAACAUCAUCUGGUCAUCCAAUACAACAGCUAAUUAAAAAUGGAACAAUAUCAGCCUGUUUUCUUUCUAUGCGUGAUCGAUUUCUUAAUUAUGGCCAAUAUUGUGCUAAUCUUCCAAAAGCACAACAAUUAUUGGAUGAAUUAUGUGUACAAGAUCCAGUUAUUGAACAUUGGGUUAGCAGAUGUCAAGAGGAUGCUAAUCAAGGAAGAUUUAAACUUAGAGAUCUUCUUAGUUUACCAAUGCAACGAAUACUCAAAUAUCAUUUAUUAUUAGGUGAAUUAAUACGUAAUACCAAUGAUCAACAUGAUGAUUUUGAAGGCCUACGUCAUUCAUAUGAUAUGAUGCUCGAUAUUGGUGCCUAUAUUAAUGAAAUGAAACGUGAUACGGAAACAUUAGAAAUUAUUAAUGAUCUACAACGAUCGAUCAUUGAUCUAUCGAUGCCCGAUGAUUAUGAAUUAAAAGAUUAUGGCCGUUUAAUUAAAGAUGGUGAAGUUCGAAUGCGUGGCCCUUGUACACAAGAUGGCGAUAAUGUUGUUGGUGGUAUUAUUAAUGGUCAUCAUGUUGGAAAUUGUGGUAGUUAUGGUAGUCGUAUGACAACACGAUUGAAGAAUAGAUAUAUAUUCAUUUUCGAUAAAGUUAUGCUUAUGUGUAAAACAAUACGUAACCUUCAAAGAAUUCAAUAUUCAUAUAAAGAUUGUAUCGUAUUGGAAGAAUACAAGCUGGAAGAUAUGUCCACUUGUAGUCCGAUUUCGAAAUUAACAAAAAAUUGGUCAUCAGGUUGGUCAUUGAUACAUUGUCGUACAAAACAGCCGUAUACAUUUUUUGUUAAAAAUGAAGAAAUCAAAAGAAAAUGGAUGGAAGCCAUAGAACGUGCACAGGAUAAUGUACGACCAAGACAAUUGAAUCAAACUGAUCAUCAUUUAGCAUUGGCUACAGUUUUACCGGCAACCUGUUGUGUUAGUUGUCAUAAACUUUUGAAAGGAACCUGGUUUCAAGGAUAUCAAUGUUAUGUUUGUAAUGUUGCUGUCCAUAAGUCGUGUAUCACAACGGUACGUUCAUGUGCACAGAUGAUGCAUGAAAGACAAUCAUCGAUUGAUAUGAAUCAAUCAUCACCAUCGAAUGCUAAUCAUGACCACCAACAUCAUAAUGUAACAAUGUUGAAUUCGAAUUGUCCAGAACCACCGACACCAUCUAGAAAUAAACAACGGAUUCUUGCCAAAGCUAUAUCAACACAUUUUGUUCAUGGUCAAUUACCAAUGGAACCUAAUGAUACAAUAGUUGUAUAUUCAACAAAUGGACCGCUUAGUUUUGGUCUUAAUCUACGACUUGGUGAAGAAGGUUCUUUUCCAACUGCCUGUAUAACUGAAUUGAUGGCUGAUUCACCAUCGAAUGCAUCAUCAUCGAACAUUGAUUCACCAACAUGUUCAUCAGUAUUUCGAUUCUGUUAUGAUGAUCAAACUGUUCAUCAUCAAACGAAUGAUUCAUCAACAACAACAUCGACAAUGACACAAACAUUGCCAAGAAAAUUACAUCAAUCCAAUUGGAUAAUGCCAACAUCACCGUUAGCUGUAUCGACACCUGCAUUGAAUAAAGAGGAUAUUUUCUUUCCUAAUAACGACAAUAAAACCACCAUCACCACCAACAAAUCGAAUCAAUCAAUGAAUCCAGCAUUGGUACAAGAUGGCAAUUUAAGGCUAUUCUUUGGUAAUGGUUACAAUCUUGAAGAAUAUGCUUGGUUCGCAGGUUCCAUGGAUCGUGAUACAGCACAAACUACAUUGAAUCCAUUGCCGAAUGGAUCAUUUUUGGUACGAAUUUCACCAAAACAACGUAAUAGCUAUGCUAUUAGUAUCAAUUAUAAAGGUCUUGUGAAACAUAUGCGUGUACAGGUGACAUAUAUGAAUGGAAUUCAACCAACAACAAUAUUCGAUUCGAAUGUUCAAACUAAUCAACAACAGCAACAACAACGACAACAGCAGCAUAAUCUUGAACGGCCGGAUAAACCAACUCAUUUUUAUCUAUCGGAACGGCGAUAUUUUCGUACUAUUGUUGAUCUAGUUCGAUGGUAUGAAUUGAAUUCAUUGGCUGAAUCAUUCAAUAUGGUUAAUACACAGCUAUUGUUGCCAUAUAAAAAAGCCUAUUGCCACGAAAUACUUGGUGAUGCUGUUGCAUUAUAUGCAUUCACUGGAACAUCAUCAGCUGCUUCAUCAUUUCUAUCAUUACGUAAAGGUGAUCGUAUCACUGUUCUAUCACGUGCAGCUGAAGAUAAAGGCUGGUGGAAAGGACAGAUUGGUGAUCGUUUAGGUUAUUUUCCAUUCAAAUAUGUGAAACCGACUACAUAUUCAUUGAAACGAUGGUUUGAAUUGAAAACAACAACAAAUCAAGAUCAACAACAACAACAACAAUAUCAACAGCCACAAUCAUCACAACGAUUAUUGGAUUCAUCAAUGAUACAACAUCAUCGUCAAGAUGAUUCUUUUGGUGCCAUGACAACAUCGACACAAAUGACUGAUGUAUCAUCACCUACUACUACUACUACUACCACUACUAAUAAUACGGUGAAUGAAAAUAAACAAAUGCCAUCACCAUCAUCGUCAUCAUCUGCAUCAUCAUCGGAAACAAGUUCACCUAUAACAUUAUCAUCACCGGUAAAUUCAGAUCGUGAUUCACCACCAUCAUCAUCAUCGAAUUUAUUACAUUCAAGACAAGCAUCUAGUGAUGCAGGUAUCGGUGAUAUUGGUGGUGAUCUAGCCACUAAUUGUAUAUUUUAA